AGUAACCAGACUAUAUCUUCACUCAAGCAGCAGCCACGUGUAGUUAAAUAAUUAAAAUUACUGCCGAAUAUGAACAAAAAAAAGCACGCUGCAUGUUUGUUAGAGUCUAAUGUUAUUAAAACUUCAAGAACUCCUCAAUGUACACCUUCCAUUUUGUCGUUGGUUUCAAAUUUAUGCAGAUUCGCUAGAACAAAAUUUAAACCUAUUAAGUAUUUUUAUUGUGCGUGAUUUUAUAACUUGCACUUAAUGUGAGAAAAGCUGCAAAAUUAGUGAAUAUGUUCUUUAUUUUAAUUGCAAUUUGACAGAGAAGUAGUCACAUCACAGCAAAGUACAACACACCAUGUCAAUGUGCAGUAAAAAUGAAACACAGAAAAUCUUGAUUCUAGUAGUUGCGUUAAUCUAUCUGUAGAAUUCUAUCAUAAAUCUCCAGAAAAAUUAAUUUCCUGAAAGGGUAUACUAGAUUUUUCGUGGUCUAUUGGCCUCAGAUACCACAUUCUCGAUAUCUUUUCAAAUAGCACUCAUUGCUCAUAUUGCUCAAAUUAAAUCCAGUUUCACAGCAAGCUCAUCAACUCUUGAUAUUUGGGAUUUGUUAUAUAAAAUUUGUUGGUCCUGGAAGCUGCACAUGUCUUGAACAACAAAAACAAACGGCAUUUGGUCGCCUUUGGAGGAUCUGGAUUGGCCAAUAGCCUUCCUAUUUGCAUGCAAUGGCCAAUAAAACGCUUGCGGGCCUAGGAUUGCGGUCACACUCAGGGGGUACUUCAAUGACAGUUCGUACCCAUUUGCUAAUAGUGGGGUACACCGUGACACAAGUCCUACGAGUUCUCUUCACUGCCAGGAAUUAAUUCAAGAGUUUAUUAGUGGACCCCCGAAUGCAUGAUGAUCAGUGAAAGGGGCAGAAACAAUUUUGUUGCCCCAGUAACUGGGCCAUUACCCGGAUUCUCUUGCUGUCUCCUCCUCGUACUUUUAACCACCCCGAGAGCCGACGGCUUAACAGCCAAGUACUCCAUCUCGGAGGAGGAGCCGCCCGGCACCGUGGUCGGAAACCUGGCGGCAGACCUGCAGCUGGAAGCGGCGGGCAGCUUCCGCCUGAUGCAGAAGUCCAACUGGUCUCUAGUGGAAGUCGGCGAGAACGACGGGCAGCUGACGGUCGGGGGCCGCAUCGACCGGGAGCAACUGUGCCGCCAGCAGACGGGAGCCGAGCCGUGCCUGUUGCUCUUCGACGUGGUGAACUUGUCCGGAGACAAGUUCGUGCUGAUUCGCGUCGAGCUGCGAGUGCGGGACAUCAAUGACCACGCCCCCGUGUUCGGGCGCUCGGAGCUGCGGGUGGAAAUCAGCGAGAGCUCGGCGCCGGGCACUCGCGUCCCGCUAGAGGCGGCUCUCGACGCCGACGUGGGCGCCAACUCGCUGCAACAGUACCGGCUGUCGCCGAGCCGCCCUUUCGCGCUGGAGCUGCGCAGCGGCGCCGACGGACUCGCUCACGCCGAGCUGGUGCUGGUCGAGGCGCUGGACCGCGAGAGCCAGGCGGAGUUCGUGCUGCAGCUGGAGGCCGAGGACGGCGGCGACCCGCCGCGGACCGGGGCGGCCCGGCUCCGGGUCCAGGUGCUCGACUCGAAUGACAACAGCCCGGCUUUCCAGCGCAGCUCGUUCACGGUGGAGCUGCGGGAAGACGCGCCGCCCGGCUCGUCGCUGCUCCAGCUGGAGGCUGCCGACCCCGACCUGGGCCUCAACGGCGAGGUGGUCUACAGCUUCAGCCCGCAGCUGCCCGCUCCCAUCCGCCGCCUCUUCAGCCUCGACGCGCAGACGGGCUGGCUGAGCCUGGCCGGGCCGCUGGACCGAGAGAGCAGGGCGAGCUUCCGGCUGGAGGUGCGCGCCCACGACCGCGGGGUCCCGCCAAGCGCCGCCACCGGCUGCACCGUCACCGUGCGCGUCCUCGACGUCAACGACAACGCGCCCGAGAUCGGCAUCGCGCCGCUGGCCCCAGGCGGCGGUGGCAGCCUGGCCCACAUCAGCGAGGCGGCGGCGCCGGGCAGUCUGGUGGCGCUGGUCAGCACCUCGGACAGGGACUCGGGAGCCAACGGCCGCGUCUCCUGCUCGCUCUCCGGACACGAGCACUUCGAGCUGCGGCCGGCCUACGGCUCCAGCCACAUGGUGGUGACGGCGGCGCCGCUUGACCGUGAGCGGGCCGCCCAGUACAACCUGACGCUGCUGGCCGAGGACCUGGGCGCCGACCCGCGCCGCACGGUGCGCACCCUGACCGUGCGCCUGACCGACGAGAACGACAACGCGCCCGCCUUCUCCCGCCGCCUCUACCGAGUCUCUGUGCUGGAGAACAACCAGGCCGGCACCUACCUGACCACCGUGGUGGCCCGCGACCCCGACCUGGCCGACAAUGGCCGGGUCACCUACCGCUUGCUGGGACCCGGCUCGGCCCUGGCCUCGGUAGACCCGGCCACCGGCGCCAUCUACGCGCUGCGCUCCUUCGACCGCGAGUCGCUGCCCGAGGCCCAGCUCUUGCUGCAGGCCACCGACGGCGGUUCUCCGCCGCUCAGCAGCUCGGCCACCGUCCUCCUCACCGUGGCCGAUCGCAACGACAACGCGCCGGUCAUCACGCACCCGCCGCCGGGCAACGGCUCCUGCUGCGUCAUCACGCUCCCUCGCGACGGCGGCGCCGGUUACCUGGCAACGCGCGUGCGGGCCCGGGACGCCGAUGAAGGGGCGAACGCGAAGCUGAGCUUCCGGCUGCUGAGCGGCUCCCAGGCCGGGCUCUUCACCAUCGACAGCGGCACCGGCGAAAUCAAGCUGGGCCGCCGGCCGCUCGGGCUCGGGCCCGAGGCCCUGCGGCUCGUCGUGGCUGUCAGUGACAGUGGCUGGCCCGCCCUGUCCGCCACCGCCACUCUGCAGUUGGUGGUGGCGGCGGCCGAAGCUGCCGGGGGCAACGCGCCGCUGCGGCCGGAGAAGCGGAGCUGGGACACAUCGUUAGUGGUCAUCGUGGUGCUGGCGGGCGGCUGCGCGGCCCUACUCAUGGCCAUUGUCGGAGUGGCAGCUACAUGCCGGAGUGGCGGAAAGGUGACCAAGUUCGCAGAGACGGUCCCAUUGCCCAAAGGUCGUCAGGCUGACCUCUCGGGAGGCCCCAGGCGGGAGGAAGCCACCGACCAGAGGGACAGCGAGCUUGAAGUCGGUGACUUGCUGCUGAAUUCGACUCCUUCCCCGGCGAAGGGUGAACUGGAAGUUGGUGGUCCUCGCAAUUCCAAGGAUCCGAGCAUCCUCGAGUCGAGUCCUAAGGUCACCGGAGAGAGCUUGAUAUUGGAGUCUAAUCUUCAUCAUGGAACCUUCUGUGCAGUUGCUGUUCACCAAGACAGAAAAUCCCAAGAGGUAUUUAGUGGAAAAGACAGUGGAAAAGGUGACAGUGACUUCAAUGAUAGUGAUUCUGAUAUAAGUGGAGAUGCAACGAGAAGAGGAAAUCUAGCUAUUGAUCAGAGAGAAAAUGAACUAUCCUGUCUUGAAGAAAACCAAUUGCCUUGUAGUUCUGCUCCACAUUAUAACUUGAUAUCUGAAAUGAAAGAGUGCAGCGACUUAUCUCCUCAGCUCAAACAGAGCUAUAUGGUUGCUUAUUCUUCAAUUCCUACUGCAUUCUUACAUUCAUCAUGUUCUACAGCAAAACCACUUCUACAGGAUCACUCCUUCAAAUGCACACACCUGUAUGGUCAUACAUCAAAGUCAGGACUUCAGACAUCCAAAAUGGUUCUUUCCAGUGAUUCUGGAAGGUCAUUACAUCCCUUUUGCCAACCAACAAUGCAAAGGCAUAAUAAAACAAACUCUUCAGCACAAGGGACUACUGGACAAAGAUACCAAACAAGGUAUCUCAAUAUGGAACUCUCUGAAGUAGCAACUUCAUUUUGAACUAUUGACGAUAUUUUAGUUAUCCUUGUCAUUGUUCAACCAAAUAUUCUGCUAGUAUUGAUGUCAACUGUCAUUAAUUUUGUUCAGUUUUCAUGUUUUAAAAACCAAAUGGGAGAGAAAGUUAACCAGACAAUGUGACAUACUGAAGUUUGAUAUUUGCAGUGUGGAAAUGGUUGGUGUAGGUAAUAAUUCAAAGUCAAAGUCUGUCCCGAGCCUUGUGGCCCAUCAGGCCGGGGCUUAUGCCGGUUUCUGUAGGUAAUAAUUAGUCUGAAUAAAAUCAUUAGAGUAACAUGAAAGAAAUCUUGAUUCAUGGAUUUUCUUUCACUCAAGUUGCUAAAUUAGUUUUCAAGUGUAAUGUUUGUAAAUCAUGCAUAAUCCUUGCACAAUGUUGGUGCUAUUUCUGUAUAUAACUUUGUAUAUAUUUGCAACAUUUAUAAUAGCAGCAUCAUUUACUUUGAUAAUUGGACACAUGGGUACAGAAUAAAUGGUGCGGCAAUGAAUUGGUUUUAAAAAGUAGAAAGUAAGAGAUGUUUUUCAUAGUUUUGAUUUAAGUGGUGAAUAUCAAUUCUGUGUGAUUAUAUUUAAUUCAAUGCCAAGCAUUGUGUUCACUAAAAUGGAAGAUACCGAGCAGCUGCAAGACUUAUUAUUCCCCCACUCAGAGGGAGCAGGGCAAAAUAGAAGAUUGUAGCUAAUUCUUCUCUUGUUGUUCCAAUGAGGUUGCCAGAAACAUGAAAUACACCACUUGUUUUACUAUAAUCAAUAGAAAAAUUUAAUAGGGAAACAAGAGGUUUGGGCAAAUAUUAAAUUGGACAACGGUAAAGUUCUUAAGAACUCUAAACUUAUUUGUUAAUGAUCCAAAUUAAAAAUAAAUUCUUUUGUAAAUAAAUGUCAUUAUUUAAGCUAUCUUUUAUUUGUUGCUUCUGUAGAAAUUUUGUGAUGACUCAAGAACUGCCUUUUUGUA